GCUUCAAAUUCAACACUCAAUUAAUUCUGUUUGGCUCUCAUUUAAUUUUGCCCCGUUAAUAUGACAAGUGACUCAGAACCUGCUCUCCAAUUUGAACACAAAAGAAUUCAACAACUAGCGGCUUUCAUAUUUAUGAAGCAAAAGUUGACCUAAUAAAUUUUCCUCCAUGCCCUCUAAAUUGAAAUCUUGUACUUCUCCUGCACUUGCCGAUUGAGUUUCUCAGGAGGGUCUUCAGGUUUUGAUGAGCAUGGAUGUUGAUAGUGCUAACAAGAACAUAGUUGGAUGGGGCAGUGAAGGUGAGGUGAAAGUCUCAGAGCUUACGCUGAGACAUUUCAAUGACCACAGAGAUUCAACAGCUCUUCAUCUCUAUGGAAGGAGCACAAGGAAUUCAUCAUCAUCCUCUUCUUCAUCUGGGUCUGAAUCAAUAGAUUUUGAUCCUAGGGAACUGGGUCAAGAGCAGUGCUUUUCUUCAGCAAGGGAGAAAUCUCUAGAUUUGAAGAGUGGAGAAGUCUAUUACCCGAGUUCAGAAGAAGCAACUGAAACAAGCUCUGAGGUCUUUUCAAUUCAGGAGAGCUCAAAAUUCAGCUCCAUUGAAGAAGAAGAUGAAAAUGAAGGUAGGUUAGAUCUUGCGAUGAAUUUAUCCAUCUCAAAAACUUUUAAAUCUGGAAUCAAAAUGAAUGAUGAUAUUGCUACAGAAGAAGCUGAGUCUGCCGCCAUGAAGCUUAUUGGGUGCCUCACAUGUUUAAUGUAUUUCAUGGUGUCUGGUCAAGAUCUCAAGUGUCCAAAGUGCAAAGGUUCUGCACUGCUAGAUUUUCCUGAAUAAUUCAUCAGAGAGUAUUUCUUUUUUGUUUUUGCUUUUUCCAUAUUGGUUAUUUACUACCAGGGGGGAGGUGUUAGGCCGACAUGUCCAAACUUGCAAGCAUUUUAUCAUUUUAUCCGAUCCCUUUUCCUAUAUUCAGAUGAGUUUGAGCUUUGAAUUGAAUAAAAUGUGGGCUUGAUUUUUUGAUUUGGAUAAAUUCAAAAGGGACUCAUUAACAUAAUGGCAAUUGGUAGGUGGUGGAUUUGGAAGGUGGCCAUUUCUUUUCUUUUUCUGUUAUUAAAUUAUUCAGUACAGGGCAACAAAUCAUAAUGGUCAUCUGUCAAUUGUUUUCCUUGUCUCUGAGGACAAAAUACUAUUUAUUGCUAUGGAGAAAUUGCCUACCAUUACAGUUUUAAUGUGAUGUAUCUAUCUUUCACCCUGAUUGGAAUGGCUAGAGAGAAAUCUCAAAAGUUAGAAUAGCCAAUGCAUGCAUAUG